CAAGAAUUUACUUCGUAAAUAACCAAGACAUCCCAAUUCAAAUUCCAAACAGUAUAACCUUAAGGGAUACUGUCAACAACGCUAAUGUACCACGUUUGGUAGUUGGAGGUGCUCAGAGUUUUAUGAUAUCUUGGAUUUCAAACUAUGUAUUACUUCGUAAUGGUGUAGAAGUAUUUUCGUUAGAAAACCAGAAACAACAGGCAUUGAGAGGAGUGGAAGAAGAUUUGGGAAGGAGUUCUUUUUCGAAAAAUAUUCUGCAAGAACAAAAACAAGAAAUUGAUUCUAAUCAACUAUCUGCAUACAUGCAUAAUUAUUAUAAUAGCCUUUCUGAUCAUGAAAGAUACUCACUUAUGCUAUGA